CGGCUCAGUUCAAGCCCGACCCGCAAUCAACUCGCCCGAAUCGUUCAGUGACAGUGAACAUGCAAGUGUUAGCCACUCUUCUGGUUGCGUGCGUGUUGGCCAGCGUUCGUGCUGUUAUACGGACACCCCUGGAAGCCUUCCGACCUUCCGGAGAGAUCCAUAUACGAAGACCCGACAAACUUCCACUGCUGCCUCACAGACGGACCCAACAGAAGAAUGGUUUAAAGAUUCUCUACCAAACUGGAGUCUCCGAGGAUGAUCUACCAGAUUGCAGGCCAAGACAAGUGUGCAGCAAAGUGGAUCUCUACGAUCCAGCGCAGCCCUGGAUUGAAAGGAAGUGUCGCUGUUUGGGGCACAGGCCUUGUUCUAGUGAGCUCUCCGAUGACGACAACCAUACACUGGCAGAUAAGACAACCCUGUAUAAGACUUGCGAGCCAGUAAAGAGGCUGCCAAAAUGCCGUUAUUUCAAGGACGCUGCGUGGAUUAUAUAUUCUUUCCCUGAUAGCAACGCUACACAACAAAUUGUAAACUGCCACUGUCCGAAGCAGUCCAUGACGUAUCUACUGAAGAAACUGCCGUACACGACACCUAGCGGGGAACAAGGAAAUCAGUAUCAGUUCGCGUGUUCACCGCAAAGCAGGUUACGAUGCUCUAGAAAAGAACCAUGUAAAUUGUUCAGCGCUCGGCGUCGUCAUGAACAAAUAGACGAGGUGAAUGCCAGCACCAUCUGCCAAUGUCCUAAAGAUCAUAUGUGCCCCAAACACCACACUGAACCUGGGGUACUGCCAGGAGUGACGUACAUUGCUGAAGAUAUUCGCACAUACCAUGGCUAUUGUAUGCCAGAACCUCCACCUGAUACGUAUAGAUUUGUAGGGGACAAAGACUGAAAAAUAUUAACUAUAUAUGAAGGCUUAUUGUACGUAGAGUACAUGAACUUGAAAAUUAGACAGCUUUUAUGAUUUGCUCAUUACCUGUUUAGUACAAAAAAAAAUUAAUAACUAUACUAGGGCCUCAAAAAUAACUUGCAAAUAUUAGGAACAACGAUAACGUGCUUUAAGUAGUAGUAGUAGUUGCUAAGUGCUCACUGAUUAUUACUGGGAAGACUUUUACAGAAUUUUAGGUUUGAACAUUCCCUUUUUAUUUUAUUCGAGUUAAGACUUUUAUGCAAAUAUCGUAUAUAUUUAAGUAAUUUAUUACCAGAUUGAGGAGUGCCGAUCUUGUAUAUACUUGCAACGUGUAGCUUGCUAUUACGUAUUGUUUCUGUUAUAUUUGUAAAUAAUAUUAGUGUAAGCAUGAUUCCAAUGGUUUAGUUUAAAUUAUUUUUCAUAUUUUAAUUAUUUACUUGCCAUACUUACGUAGUUGUUGCGUUACAUACAGUCAUUAUAAUUGACUUGAGAGUUUGUUCCGAGUCUUCCAUACAGUCACGGAGACAUUUUAUGUUCUUUGUUUUGUUUGUGUUUAUGAUUGUCUAUUUGUUAUGCGAUAACGGAUCUGUAGCCAUAUUUUGUUUUAGUUAUUAUGUUUAAGUUAUUCAUAACUUCCAUUGAUAUUUUAUCGACUUUUAAACAAAAUAAAAGUUCAAGAUAUGGCAACAUAAAUAGUGAUUUUUAUGUGAGACACUUAAUAGAAGUCAUAUGUAUGUAUGUAAAUAUGAAAUAUGUUGAUAUUUGUAAAAUCAUACCGAUAUGACGGUAAGUCUUCCUUAUUUGUUUCAUGUAUAGUAGAUAAGUUAAAUUAUUGACAGAAAAAUGAAUAAAUGUUUAAAAAUUAAAA